AUGGUACACUGCGCUGGGUGCGAGAGGCCUAUUCUGGACCGGUUUCUCCUCAAUGUUUUGGACAGAGCGUGGCACGUCAAGUGCGUUCAGUGCUGCGAAUGUAAAUGCAACUUGACUGAGAAAUGCUUUUCCCGAGAGGGAAAACUGUACUGCAAAAACGACUUCUUUAGAAGGUUUGGCACAAAGUGCGCUGGGUGUUCCCAAGGCAUCUCACCUAACGACCUGGUCCGGAGGGCGAGGAGCAAAGUGUUUCACCUCAACUGUUUCACCUGCAUGAUGUGCAAUAAGCAGCUAUCAACCGGAGAAGAGCUCUACAUUAUAGAUGAAAACAAAUUCGUUUGUAAGGAAGAUUACCUAAACAACGCGAGCGUUAAAGACACCAACCUUCUCUCAGUAACGGCCUGCAGCGAUCCGAGUCUAUCGCCGGAUUCUCAAGAUCAGUUACAGGACGACGUCAAUCUAAAGGACUCAGAAAUAGCAGCUUUGUCUGACAAAGAAACGGGUAAUAACGAAAAUGACGACCAGAACCUCGGCGGUAAGCGACGCGGACCUCGGACCACCAUCAAGGCCAAGCAGCUGGAGACACUGAAGGCGGCGUUCGCGGCCACGCCGAAGCCCACCCGACACAUCAGGGAGCAGCUGGCCCAGGAGACGGGGCUGAACAUGAGGGUCAUUCAGGUAUGGUUCCAGAACAGGCGCUCCAAAGAGAGGCGCAUGAAGCAGCUGAGCGCGCUGGGCGCGAGGAGACACGCGUUCUUCAGGAGCCCGAGGCGUAUGAGGACGUUAGUGGACAGGCUCGAGCCCGGCGAGCUCAUUCCGAACGGCCCCUUCUCUUAUUACGGAGAUUAUCAAAGCGAGUACUACGGGCCAGGAGGAAACUACGACUUCUUCCCUCAAGGGCCCCCGUCGUCCCAGGCCCAGACCCCGGUGGACCUCGCCUUCGUGCCCUCCUCGGGCCCCACGGGGACCCCACUGGGGGGCAUGGAGCACCCCCUUCCCGGACACCACCCCUCCAGUGAGGUGCAGCGCUUCUCGGACAUCAUGUCCCACCACCCCGGGGACUCCCCCAGCCCGGAGCCCGGUAUCCCGGGGGCCAUGCACGGCCUCUCCUCCGAGGUGUUCGGCCCCAGCCCCCCCUUCACCUCGCUCUCGCUCAACGGCAGCGGAUACAACAGCCACCUGUCCCACGCGCCCUCAGAAAUGAACGAGGGCACGGUGUGGUAG